AUGUUAAGUAGUAGUAGAAUCAUCGGUCGUAGAACCUUGUCUUCUGCUUCCAUACUUUUGAGCGAUCCUUUAUACCUCAAUCCGCAUGCUUGGAAGGGUUUACCAGCUGAUAGAAUUUUCGAAUUGCAUGAGUUGAGAAAGACGGUGUUAGGCGACAAAUACGUUCCUAACGAUGAAGAGAGAAACGCCAUUCUCUCUACAGCCACUGAGCUUGGCAAGAAGACAGUUCCAGAACUUGAAUAUGUAUAUGCAUUAGAUCACUUCAAAGAAAGAUUCAUGAAUAACGUUCCUGUAAGGGCACCUCAGUUGCACAAGAUACCAGUGAUCAAACAGGGAGAGACUCCACAUAAGGAAAGGAAGUUGGAAAUCUUGAAUAACGUAGCAGCGUAUGAAAUGCCACUCUUGGCCAAAUUUAGACAGCCAUAUACUCCUAAAUCAGUCGAGGAAACCCAAUUUGUGUUGAAGUUUGGGGACGACUUCACGAAUGAGGCCACUGCCUUCAAUAGAAAGGUUACCUUGAUCUGCCAGUUGAAGCACUUGAACUUGGGCGAGUUGGAACUGAGGAAAUUCAAGAUCUUGUCUGCUCAGAGAUUCGACCACUUCAAGGACGAGUUGAGAAUCACAUCUUCUAACUACCCAGAAGCCACCCAAAAUGCCAGAUGGUUAGUCGAGACCUUUAACAAAUUGUUGAAAGAGGCCAAGGACAUCGCUAAAGACGACUUCCAAGACAUACCUGUGGACACAAGACACACCAGAGCCAAGAUGCACAUUCAGGGAUUCAGACCAAAGUUUGAAUUUCCCGAAGAAUGGAAAAGACCCCAAGAUGCUCCAGUCCAGAAGUUUAAGAUUGUAAGGAAAUUGGUGAAUGACGUGAAGGACAAGAAAGAUGCCGAGUACGUCAAGGCAUACGAACCAUAA